UCUUCCACUGGGGAUAUGGCAGCGUGGUGGUGGCAGAUAGGCGCCGGCACCUGUCUAGUCUCCAUCUGUCUGCUGCUUUCCGUGGCUCCACCAGGGUACUGGAUUGUAGAUUCCCUCUUAUGGCUUGUCUUCCGGUUACUACGCGGUUUCUUUCCAGAGUGGUCUCUGAAGUGAGGACGUCUAGUUCAUGAGUCGCGACGUGGGUUGACGCAUGUGGGUUGACGCAGGUGAUACCAGACCGUGUCGGUGGGGAAGCGGUGGUUUCGGAAGGUUGAUCGGAUGCUGAAAUGUGUCGUCGUAGGUAUGGAUAAAGUCCAGCAGCCAGUCUCAGGGGUUGUUGGCCAUAACUCGUUCCCCGACAUCCUUCGCCAGCAGAAAUCACCAAGGCUCGAUGUAUUUGCGUUGCCCCUCUCGAACAUGCGAAGUGAUGUGCAGCUGGGCCACAUAUUUUCCUUUUCCUCCUCCACUCAGCCUUAGGCUGGACGCAGUCUACUUCGGUAACGUUACGCUGUCAUCGCGAAGCUUGGGCGGAGUGGCCGAUGGUGGUGGAUCGGAAACUGCGGAGACGUGAUUUGCAGCCCAGCGAUUCUUGGGGCGAUUGGUCAGUCAGUCAGUUCAGGUUUGGGGUUUGCCGAUGGUGGCCGUUGGAAGAAAGAGCGAGCUGCGGGCAUC